GGAACCCGAACUCGGUCAGACCAUCUGCUCUACUGCUGAUAAUGAGAGUAAAACUGAUACGAAAUUCUCUCCGUUUUUUUCAACAAAACCGGAGGAAAGACCUAUAGAUUCAUUCUGCCAGAAAGAACCAGAGUCUGAGCUAAAACGAGCACAGCAACAUCCGGUCCUGACAACUGGGUCGAACGUGAUGUCAGAAGUGACUAACGAAGGGCAAACGGAUUGGCAAAGAAUACGAUUGUCUAAAAAGUUCUCCACGGUGAGCGAACCGCUGCCGGAAAGUGAGGUCAGUGAAUUGUGCGUACUUUUGAAGGUAACAAGUGCAGAUGAUGGCGGUGAGAUAAGGGUAUCCCAUACCGACGAAGACGAGACACUCGAUAACUCUCAGAUCAGCCAUCGCGACGAUAAGCCGAGGAUUAUUACAAGGCCGUCGAAAAUAGAUACCGAGGCGGAUUGUCACUCGACUCAAUCUACUAACGCGUUUGAACUUGGAGAGGCUGCGGACAGGCAGGAGAAACUUCGUUCGUCGAUGUUCAAUGUCCAUCUCGAACCCAGUGUAGAGUUUCGAAAAUUUGAACGACGGGCUUGCGCUGGAUGGUUGCAGGAGAACGGGAAAUUGUGGCGAGCAGAAAUUACAUCGAUUCGUGUGAUGGACGACGAGAAUAGUUCGACGAGUAGCAACAGCAGGAGAAAUGUCAAGAUCGAUAACAAAGUACUGGAGGAAAAGGUCAAGUGUAGCUUGGAGAAAGGCGUCCCUUUGAAGACCAUCACAAUCACGGAUCCUUCCAUCAUUAGGCCCAGCAGUAAUUCGAACAGCAGCGUUAAUUUGACAGUUGAUGAAAAAGUGCGGGGUGAAGAUUUGCGCCAUAAAAACUCCUCAAAAAGACUCUGUGAUUAUCAAGGCACAUCACUGGGCGUAGAGAGCGGAGAACAAUCUUUGCAGACAACUCGGUUUACUCACAGAAAUUCGGACAAUAGUAUAGAUAGUAGUGAGGAUACAUUAAUUUUAGAAAUUCCAUCCAAGACGAGAAAUUUUGGGCCAGAUGUUGUGGAAGGUGUUGUGAUAAUAGGUAAAAGGAGAAGCCGAGUUGUGGAACAGCGUGAUUCCGUUCUGAGCCUGAAAUUGAAGAAAAAGCGAUUGCGACCGAGAGGUACGUUGAUUCCGAGGUACAAAAGCAAAACCAUAAAGCCGGCUCACAAAACAAAUCCGGUCGCAGAUAAAAAAGUGGAAGAGAUUGUCAGUAAUUAUACAACGUCCAGUAAUGUGAAAUGA